GGUGCGCGCGGAGGCUCGCACGACAUUCAAGGUGCGUGCGGAGGCUCUCACGACAUUCAAGGUGUGCGCGGAGGCUCGCACGACAUUCAAGGUGUGCGCGGAGGCUCGCACGACAUUCAAGUGUGCGCGGAGGCUCGCACGACAUUCAAGGUGUGCGCGGAGGCUCGCACGACAUUCAAGGUGUGCGCGGAGGCUCGCACGACAUUCAAGGUGCGCGCGAGGCUCGCACGACAUUCAAGGUGCGCGGAGGCUCGCACGACAUUCAAGGUGCGCGCGGAGGCUCGCACGACAUUCAAGGUGCGCGCGGAGGCUCGCACGACAUUCAAGGUGCGCGCGGAGGCUCGCACGACAUUCAAG